AUGAGAAUGCAGUCUCCUGACUCUUCUGGCCAUGGCAAAGAGUUUCGCGAAAAGGCAACGAAGAGCCAACAAUCUGCCUGUGGAAAUGCAUGCUCCCAAGAGCAAGAGGGCAAAGAAAAUGUAGUGCCGAAAUGGAUCCCUCCCAAACUGCCAUUUAGCUAUGAAACAAUGGUUGAUGUCACUACUGAGAAACCAAGUGGAACUGUAUGCACUUAUAAAAGCCUACCCGCAUGGUGCUGCAUAGUAAAAAUCAGAGAGGAUCAUGUCAUAUGCUUUGCCCCGAUACCAGGAGUCCACAAAAUACUUGUUGCAGAUGAUCUAAUCAGGUGA